AACUGAAAUGUAGAACUGACACACUGCUCAUAGAUAUGUUAAGUGAAAUGUUGUCACAGAGUGGUGUUCAGACAUGUGUUUUACAUGUGCAUUAGUCACGUCUUCAGUUGCUGGACCUGGCUGACAGAACCAUGUGAGUGUUUGAAUGGUGUUGAAUCAUGCUUAAUAAUUCCAUUCUCCCCCUGCCCUCCAUCUCACCUCUCUCCUACCCUCUCUUAGUCACUGGAUUGGAUGUGUCAUUGUUUCUAUCACUUUAGAGGUUCAUGCCUGCUGAAGCGCAGCGAGGUGAUCUCCAGAGCACCCAAAACAGCGCCAAGAUACAAAAUUCCCUUCUUAUUACCACCAGCCCACACCCCCUCUGCAAAAACCACCACCUCCUCAUUCCCCAUGGAUGGCAUGACUGACACCUUCUUCAGCCAGGCCUGAUGACAUGACGGCGCUGACCCCACCUCUACACCGUGGUCAUAAAGCCUCAGGAUGUAUAAAUAAGGGAGCAAAAUGAGAAAGGAGACCAGAGGCCGACCAGAUGAAGAUGGAGCUCGCCGGGGUUAACUUUGUGCUUGCAGCUGCGGGGUUUCUUCUGUGGAUCAGCGGCGGGUCUGCUGCGCCCAUGGAGUGCCACUUCAACUCCAGAGCUCUGUGCGUGUUCGAGGGGAGGCACUACUCACUUGGCGAAACCUGGAUGGACGACGCUUGUAUGCAGUGUACCUGUCUGCAGCCUGUCGGCGUUGGUUGCUGCGAGACUGUGCAUCGGCCUGUGGAUUUCCCUGCGUGGUGUGAGGUGCGGGUGGAGCCAGUGACCUGCAAGGUGUCCCUGGUCCAGACAGCCGACCCCCGCCUGCCCUGCUCUCCAGGUGAGGACAUCAAGGACCCCAGCCACGGGUCACUUCAGCUGCAGCACCAGCUCGACGAGUAGAAAACAGUCCGGCCGUUAUCUGUUCAGUCUGUUUUCCUGUGAAAUCAAUACUCACCAUAAAUAUCAGUAACCAUUUUUAUAUACAUACUGUACUAAUGUAAAACUUUUAACAGCAGCUGUAAUUUUUGGAUUGUAUCAUCAGUGAAGGAAAUGUGAGUCUGUGAAAAUAUUUUGAGGUAAAAAUGCAGUAUUUUCCCACAAAGCAUUUUGUCAGUACCAAAUGAUGUCUCACGUUAAAUUCUGUCUUCUUUAAAUGAAACUUCAUUUUCAGUUUGUGUUCGGUAUUUGUUACUAUAAUGGCUGCUUUCAGCUACAAACUAACAGAAGCAGAAGUUGCACAGCUUUGUUCUUACAGACUGUUAAGGUAAAGAUCCUGCACAUAUGGAUAUUUCUGGGGACAUUUAUGUUAAGCCAAAUGCCAUUUCUUUAAUUUACCCAACAACUUAUUGUAAAUAUAAGCAAAUACAGUAUAUACAUACGUUAAUAUAUAUGUAACUAUUCCUGUUGAAUUUGACCUGUCCUCUGCUGUAACUCAUUUACCCUCCAAAUAAAAAUCUUCUUUGCAAAAGGAUGGUUUUGUGAAGGAAUGAAUGACUUCCUCACACAUGAUCUGUCAAAUUUAAAAUCACACUUUUAAUCCAUUUUUCUCUUGUAGUAUUUACAUUUCAAUACAGUAUUUGCUCAAGCUGAAAGAAAAAAAACGUUAAAAAGUAAAAAUAGUUUGGGUAAGAAACAGCUGUUUCAUAAAAUGAAAAAGAAAAAGUGUGUGCAUGAAUAAAAGAGAAGAAAUAAAUACAAAAAAAGCACAGCAACCACAGAGAAUUUCACUCCAUAAAGUCAAUAAGGUCCAAGAAGGAACUCUGAAAAAGACAUUUGGAUACUUUACAUAUGGAACCCAUCACUAGCUCUGCAUAGACAA